UAAGAAAUGCCUUAGAACUUGGCCUAGCUGUCCUGUCGUUGACUAAAACGGAUUCGCCGAACGCAGAAUAGUGUCCACAGAAGACAUCUGCUGCUAGUAUGGCAGAGCAAGGGACAGGGACGGGGACCAAGGGGGACAGCGCCAACGAUGAGCCAAAUGCACAGCCUGCUGCUGAAGCUACAGGGGUGCCACUGAGGGAGGAAAGAAGCGACUCUUCGGACACUACAGGUGACAUGAGCGAGAGAUCCUUGUCACCUUCCUCCACGUGCUCCGACAGCUUAUCUGAACUUGGCUUUGACACCACCAUCGAAUGGCCACUUAACACAAGGCCUGCCAUGACAGGUCUACAUCUGGUCAAGCUGAGCAGAGACCGUCGGAGCAUGGACCUACAGAGAGAUUUCACUGUGGCCUCUCCCGCCGAGUUUGUCACACGUUUUGGAGGCAACAAAGUCAUUGAAAAGGUGCUCAUUGCAAACAAUGGAAUCGCUGCUGUCAAGUGCAUGCGCUCAAUUCGCCGAUGGUCCUAUGAAAUGUUCCGGAAUGAACGUGCCAUCCGAUUUGUUGUCAUGGUUACCCCUGAGGACCUGAAGGCCAAUGCCGAGUACAUUAGGAUGGCUGACCACUAUGUACCCGUCACUGGUGGACCUAACAAUAACAAUUAUGCCAAUGUGGAGCUGAUCUUGGACAUCGCAAAGAGGAUACCUGUUCAGGCUGUAUGGGCUGGCUGGGGUCAUGCAUCUGAGAAUCCCAAACUCCCAGAGCUGCUCAUGAAGAAUGACAUUGCCUUCCUGGGUCCACCAAGUCAGGCCAUGUGGGCUCUGGGUGAUAAGAUUGCCUCAUCCAUAGUGGCCCAGACCGCUGGCAUCCCUACUCUCCCGUGGAGCGGAACAGGUCUGACAGUGGAAUGGUCAGAGAGUGACCAGAAGAACAAGGUGAUCAGCGUACCGUCUGAUCUCUACAAGCAGGCCUGUGUCCAGGAUGUGGAGGAGGGCUUAAUUGCCGCGGAGAAGGUUGGCUACCCUGUCAUGGUGAAGGCCUCUGAGGGAGGAGGGGGCAAGGGCAUCCGCAAAGUCGUCUGUGCUGAGGACUUCCCCAAUCUCUUCAGACAGGUCCAGACGGAGGUGCCCGGCUCCCCCAUCUUUGUCAUGCAGUUGGCCAAGCAGUCUCGCCACCUGGAGGUGCAGCUCUUGGCAGAUCAGUAUGGCAACGCUAUCUCGCUCUUCGGCCGUGACUGCUCCGUCCAGCGACGCCACCAGAAGAUCAUCGAGGAGGCCCCGGCCACCAUCGCCACAUCCGACGUCUUUGAAAAAAUGGAGAAGUGUGCUGUGACGUUAGCCAAGAUGGUGGGCUAUGUGAGUGCGGGCACGGUGGAGUAUCUGUACGGCCAAGAUGGCAACUUCUACUUCCUGGAGCUCAACCCCCGUCUGCAGGUGGAGCACCCCUGCACUGAGAUGGUAGCAGACGUCAACCUCCCCGCCGCACAGCUACAGAUUGCGAUGGGUAUCCCCCUGCACCGCAUGAAGGACAUCCGCAUGCUGUACGGCACGCAGCCCUGGGGCGACUCCCCCAUCGACUUUGACGGCCUGUCCUCGCUCCCCUGUCCCCGCGGCCACGUCAUCGCCACACGCAUCACCAGCGAGAACCCGGACGAGGGUUUCAAGCCCAGCUCGGGGACGGUGCAGGAGCUGAACUUCAGGAGCAGUAAGAACGUGUGGGGCUACUUCAGUGUGGCGGCCACGGGGGGUCUGCACGAGUUCGCGGACUCGCAGUUCGGACACUGCUUCUCCUGGGGAGAGAACCGGGAGGAGGCCAUCUCGAAUAUGGUGGUGGCCUUGAAGGAGUUGUCUAUCCGUGGAGACUUCAGGACCACAGUGGAGUACCUCAUCAAGCUCUUGGAGACCGACAGCUUCCAGUACAACCGCAUAGACACCGGAUGGCUGGACAGGCUCAUUUCAGAGAAAAUGCAGGCGGAGCGUCCUGACACCAUGCUGGGCGUGGUGAGUGGGGCGCUGCACGUGGCCGACUCCAGCCUGAAGAACAGCGUCUCUGACUUCCUGCACUCCCUGGAAAGAGGGCAGGUGUUGCCGGCCCAUACGCUGCUGAACACUGUGGACGUGGAGCUGAUCUACGAGGGCUCCAAGUACGUGCUGCGCGUGACGCGUCAGUCCUCCAGCUCCUACGUGGUGCUGAUGAACGGCUCCUGUGUGGAGGUGGAUGUGCACCGCCUCAGCGACGGGGGACUGCUGCUCUCAUACGACGGAUCCAGCUAUACCACUUACAUGAAGGAGGAGGUGGACAGGUACCGCAUCACCAUCGAUAACAAGACGUGUGUGUUUGAGAAGGAGAAUGACCCGACGCUGCUGCGCUCUCCCUCAGCUGGGAAGCUCAUCAAGUACAUGGUGGACGACGGAGGCCAUGUGAACGCCGGCCAGUGUUACGCUGAGAUAGAGGUGAUGAAGAUGGUGAUGUCUCUGAACUCCAGUGAGCCGGGCCACAUCUACUACGUGAAGCGGGCCGGUGCCGUGUUGGAGCCAGGCUGCAUCAUCGCACGCCUGCAGCUGGACGACCCUAGCCGCAUUCAGAGGGCGGAGCUGGUUACAGGUAACCUGCCUCAGAUCCAGUCGGCCACCCUGCUGGGAGAGAAGCUGCACAGGCGCUUCCACCACACGCUAGACCACCUCUCCAACAUCAUGAACGGAUACUGCCCACCAGAACCCUUCUUCAGCAUCAGGUUGCGUGAGUGGGUGGACCGUCUGAUGCGUAUGCUGCGUGACCCGUCACUGCCCCUGCUGGAGCUCCAGGACAUCAUGACCAGCGUGUCGGGCCGCGUGCCCCCCGCCGUGGAGAAGGCCAUACGCAGAGAGAUGGCCCAGUACGCCUCCAACAUCACCUCUGUACUCUGCCAGUUCCCCAGCCAACAGAUUGCCAACAUUCUGGAUAGCCAUGCUGCCACUCUGAACCGCAAGUCGGAGCGCGAGGUCUUCUUCAUGAACACGCAGAGCAUCGUACAGCUGGUGCAGAAAUAUCGCAGCGGUAUCCGUGGACACAUGAAAGCCGUGGUCAUGGACCUGCUCCGGCAGUACCUGAGUGUGGAGACUAAGUUUCAGAAUGGCCACUACGACAAGUGUGUGUUCACGCUGCGGGAGGAGAACCGGGGCGACCUGGCCAAGGUGCUGAACCUCAUCUUCUCCCACGCCCAGGUCAGCAAGAAGAACAUCCUCGUCACCAUGCUCAUCGACCAGCUCUGUUACAGGGACUCCACGCUGACCGAUGAACUGGUGGCCAUCCUUACUGAACUCACACAGCUCAGCAAGACCAUCAACGCCAAAGUGGUCCUUCGAGCCAGACAGGUGCUGAUUGCGUCUCACCUGCCCUCCUAUGAGCACCGCCAUAACCAGGUGGAGUCCAUCUUCCUGUCGGCCAUUGACAUGUACGGCCACCAGUUCUGCAUAGAGAACCUGCAGAAACUUAUUCUGUCGGAGACCUCCAUAUUCGAUGUGCUCCCCAAUUUCUUCUACCACAGUUAUCAGGUCGUCAGAAUGGCCGCCUUGGAGGUGUAUGUCCGCAGGGCUUACAUUGCCUACCAGCUCAACUGCAUUCAGCACAAGCAGCUGAGUGACGGGACCUGUAUUGUGCAGUACCAACUCAUGCUCCCCACCACGCACCCCAACAGGUCGGGCUUGCCCUGCAGUGCCAACCAGUAUGGCCUGCUGCCCGUGGCCAGCAUGAGUGACCUGGUGCUGGAGUCCUUCAGGCCGCCCUGCCAGCGCAGAGGGGCCAUGGUGGCCUUCGGAUCCUUCCAGGACUUCAACAGAAACAUCAAGGAGGUGUUGAGCUCCGUGUCCAUCUCGCCUCCAACCAGCCCCACCUUCAGUGACGGAGGAGUCGUGCUGAGCCUUUACGAAGAGGACGAAGCGAAGAGUGUCCCGGAUGAGCCCAUCCAGAUCCUGAACGUGGCCAUUAAGACAGAGGGAAACAUCGACGACAACGGGCUGGCCACCAUGCUGCACGACUUCACACAGUCCAAGAAACUCCUACUGGUGGAGCAUGGUAUUCGCAGACUAACAUUCCUGGUGGCACAGAAGGACUGCAGACACCAGAUGAUCUUUGAGGUGCACCAGAGGUUCCAUAGAGUUUUCCCCAAGUACUUCACCUUCCGUGCCAGAGAUGAGUUUGAGGAGGAUCGCAUCUACAGACACCUGGAGCCUGCGUUGGCCUUCCAGCUGGAGCUGAACCGCAUGCGUAACUUCACCCUGAGGGCCGUGCCCUGUGCCAACCACAAGAUGCACCUGUACCUGGGCGCCGCCCGCGUGGAGGCGGGGGCAGAGGUCACGGACUAUCGCUUCUUCGUGCGCGCCAUCAUCAGACACUCUGACCUUGUCACCAAGGAGGCAUCGUUUGAGUACCUGCAGAACGAGGGUGAGCGGCUGCUUCUGGAGGCCAUGGAUGAGCUGGAGGUGGCCUUCAGCAACACCACCGUCCGCACAGACUGUAACCACAUCUUCCUCAACUUCGUACCCACCGUCAUCAUGGACCCCUCCAAGAUCAAGGAGGCGGUGCGUCUGAUGGUGAUGCGGUAUGGCAGCCGGCUGUGGCGUCUGCGGGUCCUGCAGGCCGAGUUGAAGAUCAACAUCCGCCUCUCUCCCUGCGAAGAGACCAUCCCCAUCCGCAUCUUCCUCACCAACGAGUCCGGAUACUACCUGGACAUCAGCCUCUACAAGGAGGUCACCGACACCUGCAAUGACCAGGAGGGACACAAAGACCCACAGGUCAUGUUCCAGGCGUAUGGGGACAAGCAGGGUCCUCUGCAUGGCAUGCUGAUCAACACGCCUUACGUUACCAAGGACCUGCUGCAGUCCAAACGCUUCCAGGCCCAGACUCUCGGCACCACCUACGUCUACGACUACCCUGAGAUGUUCCGACAGGCUCUGCUGAAGUUGUGGAGUUCCAUGAAGGCCCAGGUCCAUCUCCCAGAGUGCCCUGCUCCCUCUGAGCUGCUCUCCUUCACGGAGCUGGUGCUGGAUGCCCAGGGCCAACUGCAGCAGCUCAACCGCCUACCAGGAGGCAACGAGAUCGGCAUGGUGGCGUGGCUGAUGACCCUGCGUACCCCCGAGUACCCCGGGGGGCGUGAGGUGGUGGUCAUCUGUAACGACAUCACCCACCGCAUCGGCUCCUUCGGGCCGCAGGAGGACGUGCUGUUCCAGCAGGCCUCCAUCCUGGCCCGUCAGCGCCGCGUCCCCCGCCUCUACAUCUCGGCCAAUAGCGGAGCCCGCAUCGGCCUCGCAGAGGAGAUACGCCAGAUGUUCCAGGUGGCCUGGCAGGACCCCAACGACCCCUACAAGGGCUUCAGGUACCUGUAUCUCACCCCUCAGGACUACAAGAAGGUGUCGGCCCUCAACUCGGUGCACUGUGAACACGUGGAGGAUGAGGGGGAGUCAAGGUACAAGAUCACAGACAUCAUCGGCAAGGAGGAGGGGCUGGGCGUGGAAAACCUGCGGGGGAGCGGGAUGAUAGCUGGAGAGUCAUCCCUAGCCUACGAGGAGGUCAUCACCAUGAACCUGGUGACAUGCAGGGCUAUAGGUAUUGGUGCGUACGUGGUGCGACUGGGCCAGAGGACCAUCCAGGUGGAGAACUCCCACAUCAUCCUCACGGGAGCCAGCGCUCUCAACAAGGUGCUGGGGCGGGAGGUGUACACGUCCAACAACCAGCUGGGCGGCGUCCAGAUCAUGCACAACAACGGCGUGACACACAGCACGGUCACCGAUGACUUUGAGGGCGUCUACACACUGCUGCAGUGGCUCUCCUACAUGCCUAAGUGUGUCUCCAGCCCUGUGCCAAUACUGCAUGCCAAGGACCCCAUCGACCGUCCGGUGGAAUUUGUGCCGACGAAGGCACCCUACGACCCGCGCUGGAUGCUGGCCGGACGCCCUGGUCAAGGUGUGAGGGGCCAGUGGCAGAGUGGCUUCUUUGACCAUGGCUCCUUCCAGGAGAUCAUGCAGCCCUGGGCUCAGACCGUGGUGGUUGGCCGAGCAAGGCUGGGUGGUAUCCCCACUGGAGUGGUCGCCGUGGAGACCAGAUGUGUGGAGCUGUCGGUCCCUGCAGACCCUGCAAACCUGGACUCGGAGGCCAAGAUCAUCCAGCAGGCGGGUCAGGUGUGGUUCCCGGACUCAGCCUUCAAGACGGCCCAGGCCAUCAAGGACCUGAACCGGGAGGGGCUGCCCCUCAUGGUCUUCGCCAACUGGAGGGGCUUCUCAGGAGGCAUGAAAGACAUGUACGACCAGGUGCUAAAGUUCGGAGCCUUAAUUGUGGACGGUCUGCGGGAGUACCGGCAGCCGGUGCUGGUGUACAUCCCUCCGCAGGCGGAGCUGAGGGGCGGCUCCUGGGUGGUCAUCGACCCCACCAUCAACCCAGAGCACAUGGAGAUGUACGCCGACGUGGACAGCCGUGGGGGUGUGUUGGAGCCUGAGGGCACGGUGGAGAUUAAGUUCCGGAAGAAGGACCUGCUGAAAGCCAUGCUGCGCGUGGACCAGCAGUACCGCAGCCUGCGAGAACGCCUGGCUGCCCCAGACCUGAGCGAUGCUCUGAAGAAGGACCUGGAGAGCGCCCUGAAGGAGCGUGAAGACUUCCUGUUGCCCAUCUACCACCAGGUGGCAGUACAGUUCGCAGACCUCCACGACACACCCGGACGCAUGCAGGAGAAAGGGGUCAUCUCGGAUGUGAUUGAAUGGGCAUCAUCACGUCAGUUCUUCUACUGGCGUCUGCGGCGCCUCCUGCUGGAGGCCGAGGUGAAGCGCCGCAUUCGGCAGGUGGGCGGAUCCGAGCUGACCGACGGACAGAUGCAGGCCAUGCUGCGACGCUGGUUUGUGGAGGCCGAGGGGGCAGUGCAGGCCUACCUGUGGGACAGUAAUAAGGACGUGGUGGAAUGGUUGGAGCGACAGCAGAAGGCUGAGGAGGAGGAGGGGGGGCGCUCAGUCAUCGAGGAGAACAUCAAGUACAUCAGGAGAGAUGCACUGCUCAAGCAGAUACACAGUCUGGUGGAGGGGAAUGCGGAGGUGGCGGUUGACUCCAUAGUGCAUCUGGCUCAGCACAUGUCUGCCCCCCAGAGGGCCGAGGUACUGCGCAUCCUCUCACAGGUGGACACCCAGCCCCCUCCUCCUCCUCCUCCUGCUGCUGCUGCUGUUGCCGACGACACGGCUUCAUCUUCCUAAUACACCACACACACACACAUACACACACACACACACACACACACACACACACACACACACACACACACACACACACACACACACACACACACACACACACACACACACACGUACACACUACUACUGUAUUGCUGGACCAGACUCGGCACACAAAUGGACCUCACUGGACUUAACUGGACCAGGACUUUAACUGGGCUGGGAGAACUGGUUUUGUUGGGUGAAUCUCUCUCUCUCUCUCUCUCUCUCUCUCUCUCUCUCUCUCUCUCUCUCUCUCUCUCUCUCUCUCUGGCAUGGUACAGAUACAGUACAAAGCCUGAGACUUGUUAAGGGAAUGGCACAACAUGAGAUGACUUCUAUGAUAUUGCCAAAAGGAUUACUAAUUGCACAAAUAAGCACAACAAAAAGCACUACUUGUGCAUUAUUGCCAAAAGCACACAUAAAAGCAACAUAAUUCACAUCAUUCUACACGUCACUACAUCUCCCCACCUCAACCUCUCUCUCUCUCUCUCUCUCUCUCUCUCUCUCUCUCUCUCUCUCUCUCUCUCUCUCUCUCUCUCUCUCUCUCUCUCUCUCUCUCUCUCGUCUUUAUCUGUGUUUCUCUCUCCAGCACACACACACACACACACACACACACACACACACACACACACACACACACACACACACACACACACACACACACACACACAGAAAGUUACUGUCGAUCUCAGGUCGUUUCCAUUUUUAAUCCCAAGUGCAAUUAUGAGUCCAUGGUGCUAUUGCAGCGCUACAGGCAAAAUGAAGGCUUUAAAGAGAUGGUAAUAUUUUCAAGAUAUGUUAUGUUAUUUUUCUAUUUUUCUAUGUGUAAAUGGUAGCUUACACUAAUGUUUUGAAACAGACGCACCUAUGGGCAAAACCACUGACCAACAAUGUCACAAACAACGCCACAUGGAAGCGUGUUACAAUCACUGUUGUCUCUGUCGACUUGAGGAAAGUUCUGGAUGUUUUUCCUUUUCUGAACUUAAAACGGAGAAGAUGAAGAGGAUCGCCUUUCAUUUCGCUCCUCUUUCUCUUCCACUCGCCGCUAUUGACACUCUCAAUAACAAUCUGGGCAUCAGUAAGUGCAGUGUAUUGAUUGGACGUGUGUGUGUGUGCGUGUGUGUGUGCAUGCGUGCACGGCACGCGUUACCUCGCACAUUGGGAGAUUAAAACGGCCUCAGAAGAAGGGGUUCUUAAUUGAUGAUCAAACGUGGCAGAUUUAAAUAGCUGUUGCCUGUGUGGGUGCGCGCGCGUGUGGGUGCGCGCGCGUGUGUGCGUGUGAGUGUGUGUCAGGCUGUAGGUAGCCAGGGGUGUGAAGUAUGUCAGGGGUGCGUGUGGUUGAGAUGGUGGUGAG